AUCGUUCAAAAGCAAACUAUCUCAUGAAACUAAUGUUAAAUAUCUACAUCUAACAGAACCAAGCGCAAGGCUACACACAUAAAACAACUAGUAGCAGAGGACAAAGGUAGGAGGAAAGAAGCAGGUGAGAUUUGUGUCGCCAUCACAUUGUGGUCAUAGUGAUUGCCCAAAUGGCCAGCAUACUCAAGUCAACAGAACCAAGUGCCACACAUAUUUUAUGGUAUGGACACAGACAAGACCCCAGCCCAAGACCAUGCACAUGCAAUUGCAUGCAGCAACAACAAGCUAUCUACCAUAAAGUGAACGCAAAUGCCAAGGGCAUAUCAGUCUUUUCCAUUUGAAUGAUUAUGUCUAGCAUGGUGUUGUUCUUCUAGGAAACAUGGAUCAGCAAGCCAUUAUAUAUAGGAAGGUAUGUUCAGGCGACCAGCAAUCCCAAAGACAGGAACACUAAGGUGUGAAGGGGAGGCAUAUCGUCUCGUCUCCCCCAUCCUGCCGGCAUUGACCUAUCCUAGUAUCCAUCAAUGGGGAGGCCACCUUCUAGUGAUGAGAAUGGCCUCAAGAAGGGUCCCUGGACUACUGAAGAAGACGAGAAGCUCAUGAGCUACAUCCAGAAGCAUGGCCAUGGAAGCUGGAGAGCCCUACCUCAACUUGCUGGCCUGAACAGGUGUGGUAAGAGCUGCAGGCUAAGAUGGACCAACUACCUGAAGCCAGACAUCAAGAGAGGGAAGUUCUCCCAGGAGGAAGAGCAAACCAUCCUCCAGCUGCAUACCAUCCUUGGCAACAAGUGGUCGGCUAUUGCGAAGCAUCUCCCUGGACGGACAGACAACGAGAUCAAGAACUUCUGGAACACCCACCUCAGGAAGAAGCUCAUCAAGAUGGGCAUCGAUCCGAUGACCCACCGUCCGAGAACAGACUUCUUUGCUGCUCUCCCGCAGCUCAUCGCACUCGCCAACCUUCGGCAGUUCAUCACUCAGCAACCAUUGGAUGACCACACUGCCCGGCUGCAAGCUCAGACAGCCCAGGCUGCCAAUCUCCAGUACGUGCAGUCACUGCUUCACUCUGCAGCCUCCGUUGCCGCCAGCCCCACUACCAGCAGCAGCCUCAACAGUCUCACCAUGGACCUGGAGCAGAUCAACUUCUUGAGCCCUCCGCAGAUGCUUUCUCCAAGUGUACUUGAGGGUAUUGAUGGCAUAGACUUAGCAGGGCAGGUGUCUCAGAACCAAAUGCCUAGCGUUACCUUUGACCACACAAUUGGCAACAUCAACCCGGGUUCACAUAACAAUGUUGAAACCAGUGAGAAGCACCGCAGCGAGGGAGAGAACAGUAGCCAGAAAAGGUCGUUUCUCUCUGAAAACUCCCUUCCACCUCUCACUGACAUGGCAGCUUCCAACAUUUGUAAUACCAUCAGCACCUCAAACUGUGACGGCGUCAGUAGUCCGUUUCCCAGUUGGUCGGAAAUCCUACUUGAUGAAGAGCUGCUCUGCGAGUUUGCAUGAUGCAACCUGAAUUCCCUAGCUUGAAUUGCAUACUAGCCUGUGGCUUGCAUUUUUGGAAUUUAGGCUUAUCAUUUUACCACUUUUUUUACAUAGUUUCUUUAGAUUUCUUUUUCAUGCACUUGUAGACUCAGAAAGGAGUCCGUAGAUAAGCCUACAAGCAUGAGAUGUUUUUAUUCUGACUACUAUGGUAUGUAUAUGUACAUAUAAUACACAUGUAAGGUUGCUUGGGUUGUUCUUCCUUUCUCUCCCUGCCACUAUAUCUUAGUUCCUGGAGUACUGUUUUGUCCUAGUUGCUCGAAAAUAGGUCAUUUACAAUUUUGAUACAAAUGGUGCGAUGAUAUAGCUUGAGUGACAACACGGGUGAAAGAAAAAUACCGCUCACUGCUAUCAUAUAGUAGAACUAACAUAAAGAAAAGCUUGACUGAUUGCACUUUAGGCAGCUUCUAAAUGCUUUUCCUGAAGUACUGUUUGGUGAUCUAGAAUGACUGAAGCCAUCUAGAUGCUAUUACAGAUAGUGCGAAAAAUAAAACUAGAAACACGAGCAUGCAGAAGAAGUUUGUUGAGUCAGGUAGCAAGAGGAUUGACUAAAUUCUGUCAUGUCAACCAACAGUGACUGAAAACUGGUAGGAAUUACAGGAAAAUCCCAAACGGCUAGCUGAAAAACAUGCCGGAAUAUUUAACUGUCAUAAACAUAAGCUUCUAUGAAGGAUUGCUAGCGUUUUUUCUUCCUGUUAGGGUCAGCAUGUCCUCGCCUUAGAGCAGGUAAAAGUUUGCCCCCUUUUCCUCCAAGAAAUUGACUCUGAGAACAUGUUUUAAAGAGGUAGCAACCUAACAUCAACACUAAGAUGUGUGCUUAUAUGCUUUCCAAAAAUGCAAAAGCGCAAAUCUUAAAUCAUGGUGCAUAUCUUCAUUGCAACCGCCAAUUACUCCACUUGCAAAAUACUGCUUUAAGAGUAUAACAGAUUCAUCACUACUUUAAGAGAGCGCAUAUAUCUUUAUAGAAGAGAAAAAGGUCAUAUGCAUUUACAUCACUAUAUGUUGGACAGAGCAAUACGUUUCCUGUGCCACUGAUAAAAAUGAAAAUUCAAGUCUAAUCAUAGGUUUCAACUACUACACCACACCUAGACUUGCGUGUUUGGUAGAACUGGGAAAGAAAAAUAGAAAGGUCAUGACCAAUCUUAUCAGAUAAAUAGCUUCCACUGGUAAGGAGUAACUAGGCAGUCGGUCGGUCCAUAUGACACAGAGAUAAAUGGUUAUACAGUAACUUCUUGCUUAUGGUCAAACUAUACAUAAUCACAACAGUUUUGUUGUUGCCCUGACACAUGUCAACUGUUACCCUUGUACCUCUGAAGUUGCAAGUAUACUCUUUAAGCUGGGGUAAAUUGAUAUUUUGUUCUAACUUCUAUUUACGCGUCUGAAGUUUGAUAUGAUACAGAUAACAAUAGCAUCUUCAAUUGUCAAGCAUAAAGUGGACAUGUCAAUUCAACGCUCUCUACAACCCCAGCCUAAGAAUCGUGAUACAGACUUCAGCUCAAGCUGUGAGGUCUGGUAUAUUUUAACUUUUAAGUUGCUCCAGGACACAAAGGGUAACCUAUGUGGAACAGAAAAUGGUGGGAACACAGAAACAUGAGACAUUCUUCUUUCAACCUAAAGGAGCUAGGAUGCUUAGAUGAUACAUCAGCAAUGGUGGAAGGUGUAAGGACAAUCAAAUCACAGUGCACAUCACCUUGCAUUUCCUCCCUACCCAACCAACCAGGGCAAACAAAACAAGCUGCGCAUUUCCUCUCCACCCAAUCAAUGCACGGAGGCACCAGUCUAAC